AACUUUCGCGGGUAGGCCUCCGCUAUAAAUCUGUCGUCCUCUUUGUUCUCCUUACGCAAAAGUUUCUCCAUUUCACACCGACUUCACUGAAAUGGAGUCUCCAUUGAUGGCUGCUAAUAAUGAUGGUGGCGUUAAAUCCGCUUUGAUCUUUCUUGGCACCGGUUGCUCCAACUGCAUCCCAUUUGCAACGUGCCUGAUUCGGCCAUCGGAUCCUCCCUGCCAUGUUUGCUCCAUGGCCCUCUCUGUCCCGCCCGAGCAAAAUCCCAACUAUAGGUGCAAUACAUCUCUUCUUAUAGAUUAUUGCCAGAGUGAUGAGAAACACAAUUAUAUAUUGAUUGAUGUUGGGAAGACAUUCAGGGAGCAAGUACUUAGGUGGUUUAUUUUCCACAAGAUUCCUCGAGUGGAUUCUAUUAUUUUGACUCAUGAACAUGCUGAUGCAGUUCUUGGACUUGAUGACAUACGUGCUGUGGAACCAUUUAGUGCAAAAAAUGAUAUUGAUCCAACCCCAGUUUUCCUAAGCCAAUCUACCAUGGAUAGCAUUGCUUUGAAAUUUCCCUACUUGAUAAAGAAAAAAUUAAGGGAACACACGGAAAUAAGGCGGGUAGCACAGCUAGAUUGGAAGAUAAUUGAAGAAGAUUGUCGGAGGCCAUUUGUUGCAUCAGGCAUACAAUUUGUUCCUUUGCCAGUAAUGCAUGGAGAAGACUAUAUUUGCUUGGGAUUUCUCUUUGGCGAAAGAAGUCGAGUAGCUUAUAUAUCUGAUGUUUCGCGUUUUCCUGCUACCACAGAAUACGUAAUUUCAAAAUCAGGGGCUGGGCAGUUGGAUCUUCUUAUCUUGGACUCCUUGCUGAGGGAUGGAUCCCAUAAUGUUCACUUCUGCUUACCUCAGACCCUUGAAGCUGUGAAGAGGUUAUGUCCAAAGCAAGCUCUUUUAGUCGGAAUGAAUCAUGAGUUUGAUCAUUACAGGGACAAUGCCUUCUUAGCGGAAUGGUCUGAAAGGGAGGGAAUACUGGUGCAGCUUGCACGUGAUGGUUUGAGAGUUCCUAUAGAUCUAUGAUAAGGAUGAGAUAUAAACUAUCAGUGACAUUUAUCACUGGAUAUAAUUCACAGUUUCCAUCUCGUUCUUCUGACAGGAGGAAUAAAGAUGUAAACUAUCAAUUAUCACCAGACACGUGAUUUAUAUUUUCCACACCAUUAUGAAGGCAGGAAUAAAGAUGUAAACUAUCAGUUAUCACCAGAUAUGUAUUCUAUAAUUUCCAUCCCAUUCUUAAGGGAGGAAUAAACAUAGUGAAAUAUUAUAUAUGGCUUCAGCAGCUAUAUUCAAUAAUUUAGACAAUAUUUUAACUAGAGAAA